UGAUAUGUUGCUUCAGUGAUUGGAAGAAUAUCCUCAAAAGGGGUGAGGUCAUGAACCUUGCCGAGAGAGGGGUUCGCUUCAUAAUCAAUGACAUCAACCACAAAACAACUACAGGAUUUCUUUCACAGUAACAGCUAUUUGAUAUUGUAUUUUUCAGUGUCCAAAGUAGAACGAAAUCAAAAACAUCCAUAAUCUAUCCUUGAGAAUCAGCAACAUCAAAAAUCACAGCCAUGCCAGAUCAAGUCCAAGACAAGAAAGGAAAUCCCAUCAAUGAAGGCGAUACAGUCUACACCAAAGCCCGAGGUGGAAAACGAGAAGGAGAGGUAAAUUUUGUUCUUGAAUACCCAUUUAAAAAUUCAUUCUAAUUUUUUUUUUCAGGUCGAAGAAAUAAUCAUGACGCAGGAAGAUGCCAAAACAUCUUCGAAGGAGAAUGUCAAAAAUCCUCCAAAAGGUUUGCUGAAAUAUAUAUUUCUAUUGAUGAUAACUCUAUGAAAACUAAAUGAUAUUAGUCGUUUUCACCGAUCAACAUGGUCAUAAGGUUGCGCAUAAUCCUGGAACGCUCGAGAAUUUGGAUGCAUAGGGAUGGAUGAAUGGAUGUUAUUCAAAUUGCUUUUCAUAUUGUUUGGAGCUGUUUGCCGGCUCUUUUCAUGAUGUUUUGGGCUGGCUGGAUAUGAGGGAAAGUGAUAUUAAGGUUACUUUCAGUUUUAUUCUGAUUGUUUUUGGUCUAAUAUUGAAUAACAUCAUUCUAGAGACUACGCUGAAUAGUACGAUGUCUUUAAAGUGGUAGUGAUGUUUCUGGGGGAACUACUAGGUUGAAUUU